AACUUUGAUUUGUAGAAGGUCUGGGUCGUCCCUGACCUCUGAGCUGAACCCUGCGUUUUGCAAAGAGUAUCUGUAUUACUCUGUACCCUGCUUCCCGUAGCCUGCAACUGUAAAAAAAAACUUUAUAUAGACUAUAUAUAUAUACAUAUGUAAGUAUAUGUAGAUGUAUAUGUGUAUGGCAUGGUCACGUGCUUCUUCUGUUGCCACAUACCCAACUCCAUGUCAAUAAAACCAGCCAAAGGUCCAAAAAGCAUACCAAGCCCACUGUGCGAAAGCCAAAAGCUCUCUUAGAAAAAAGCAGAGCAUAAAAAAAGCAGCUUUUUUUUUUUUCUCAUCAGCUUAAAACUCCUCUCUGCUUCUCCCUUGUGACACCAUUUUCAAUUUCCUCUCCCCAACACCACCAUAAAACGAUGUGCAAAAGCUCUCUUUAUCUCCUCUUUACUAAACCCUUAAAGGCUUAAACCCUCUCAUCUUCUUCUUCAUUCAUCACGCCCGCUGAGAUUCAUCUCGUUGUUAUUCUUUUUCUGGGUUGUUUUUUUUUUUUUUUGAAUUCUUCUUCGUGGUUGCCAUGGAGGGUACUGGCCUUCUCAAGCUUCAGAGACCUACCGCAAGCGACGAUAAUGGCGGAAGCACAGAGAGAAAAGCAUGUGAUAGAAAUGAAGGUGGCGAUGAUGGGUUUCCGUAUCCGUUGUUGGAGUCUGAGAAAGAAGCAUUGGAGGAAGAAGAUGACUCGUUCUUCGAUCUUGAGCUACCUCUAUCUUGUUUGGAUGAUAAGAAAAAUGACAGCGAAGGAAGUGACGAAGAAAAUAAGAGUUUAAGAGACGAAAGAAGUUGUCUUGAUUCUGGCGAGAACAAAGCCGACAGUUCCGCCAUUAAAGCCGGCGAGAGAAACACUAAAUUUGCCGAGAAGCCAUUUUCUGCGUCUGCAAAUGAUCAUUUCUCGAAACGGAAAAUAAUCCCAGUUGAGCUCAGCGGCAAACCUCAGUCACCUAUUGCUCUACUCAAAUCGGCUCCGAAAUUUUGGGUCUUCACGUUCAAAAAACCGAAAGAGAAAACAGAUGACGAGUCAGUAAAGACGGAGAAGAAAGAUGAACCAGAGUUGACCGUCGAAGAAAAAAGAAGCAAGAACUUCGCUGUGAAAUUUAGAAUGGAAGAAGUUCAGAGCUUCUCGAUGCUCACCAGAGGAAACAGUCUAAGGAAAAAAGGUGGAAUUCCACGAAAUCAAAGCGCAGAAGACUCAUCGAAACGAUCGGAUUUGAUUCAGAAAUACUUGAAGCUAAUCAAGCUCAAGCCAUUUUACAUUAAGGUUUCAAAGAAGCAAAACGAGAAAGUGAAGUUAUCCGGAGAGAUAUCAAUGGCGUCGGCUGCAUCGUCUCCGGUUACGGUGCCCGGAUUUUCCCCGAAGAGGGAGAAGCACGGGAAUAUUCAGGCGGGAAUACGGGAAGUCUGUAAGCAUCUGGGUAAGAGCAGAUCGGCGUCGGCAGCGUUCGGAGCUCGGUCGCCGGUGAGCAGAAGAGAUGAUUCGCUACUUCUGCAACAUGACGGAAUCCAAAGCGCCAUUCUUCACUGCAAGAGAUCAUUCAAUGCUUCAACAGAUCCUUCAUUCUUGCUUCGUUCUGCAAGCAAUUCUUCACAUGAGAAGCUCAGCACUUCAUCUUCAGAAGAUUCUUACCCACUCUCCCGGUUGGCAAGAAAUUCAUUCGAACAAGCAAUUUCUUAUAAGAAAACAAGCGGGUUCUACAGUAGUUGAAGAAGUAAAGGAAAAAGGAAGGAAGAAGAAGCUCUUGUUUUUCUUGGAUUUGAAGACAGAGCAAGCGGGAAAAACUCAAGACAAAACAAAAAAAGAGAUUUAAAAAAAAAAAAAAAGGAAAUGUUGUCCAUGAAUUUGAAAGAUAAAAGACAGAAAAUCAAAACAGGAGGAUCUUGUUUCCAUUUUUCUCUCUCUUUUUUUCUUAAAUUUGAUGUAAAAAAAGAAAAUCUGAUUGAGUAGCUAGGUAUCUAUUAUGAUGAUGAGAAGAGAACAGAGUUAUAUCACUUCUGUGUUCUCUGUAAAAAGUUGACGGUGUAUUAUUCAUUAUUAGAUAGUUGAGAGAUCGAAAGAAGCAAAAUUCUGAUA